AGGCCCAGUGGGGGAUAGCCUCCGCCCGGGUCCACGACGACGCCGCGCCGUCCACUCCCGAGCACCGAGAAGGCCGCGCUGCUGCUGGACCGCUCCUUCACGCGCCGUUGUGUUUUUUGUGGCGCCAAAAUAUUUCGUGACCGACGCCGACGACGUCGGUGGGUGGCGUCGUAGGACGCCGGCGACCGGACCGGAACGCCCCCGCGCCGCCGCCGUCGUGCAGCUCAAGGUCACCGUCGACCCCUCGUGCGACACCUGUGCGCUGUGCGGCCGGGCGCCGACGCGCUUUGGGCCGCGACUCACACACACGGCGCCCGUUUACUCUGCCGGCGCUUAUUAUUGUUUUGCUUGCGGCGCGUAUGGCUGGAGAGUGCUGACGAUCGCCAGCUGGAAAUAGAACCGCGAAGUCACCCCGCGCGGCCAGCCGGACAGGCGUCGGAGUCGCCGCCCCGCCGCGCCCCGCCGCGCCCCGCCGCGCCCACCCGGCGCAACCACAGCCCCGCAUCGGGUUACACACAGCCCAGCCGGCGGGCGUGCCCGCGCCGUGGAGGUGACCGGCCGCCUACCGCCCGCCUACCGGCCGCAGUGUCGCUCGCAAUGCGCCCAGGUCGGCGUCGUACUGCACCGCGCUGACCGCCACACACGACUGACCGGACCGGACCGCGCCGACCGACGUCGGCGUCCCGGUGACGCUCAGGGCCGCGCCGACGCCAUGCGAGCAGUGUCACCGACCCGAUCCCCUCGCCAAUAGCGCUCUAGUGUGUGUGUGUGUGUGUGUGCCGCGUGAAGCGCCAUGGAGGCCAAAAAGGUGGCCAAGAAGAAGAAGGCACGAGGUGGUGGGAGCAACGACCACGAGUACGAGCCGAUAUCGCCGCCACCCCAGCAGACGCAGGGGCCGCCGGCCGUGCACGUGACGAACAUCGAAGGGAUCACGAUUCAGGAGCCCCCCGAGGGCCCCGACGCCGAGCCCAUCAUGUCCGACAACGACUCCGUCGGCUCGCCAGUGCGCAAGCCCCUGGACGAGAUGCCCGUGCCGCACGACGGCGACGAUGAGGACCGGGCCAUGUCCGGCGGAGAGAUGGGCGACACGAACGGCAGCCUCGGAGGACCCGAGGACGACGUGGAACAUGAACAGGACGACGAGUUUAUGACGGCAGCGCAGAUGCAGCAACAGAUGGAGGACCGCUACUUCGCCGCGCCCACGCCCACCACGAUGCGCACCGAGUCCCGGACGACGGACGGCGAGUUCAACACGAGCAACGUGGACUCGUCCGGCCUGGAGGACCUGCCGCUGACCAAGGAGGGCCGCAAGAACAAGGGCAAGGGGCGCUUCCUGGCGGGCGGCGCGCGCACCGGCGCCAAGGGGGCGGGCCGCUGGGGGCGGCUCGGGGGCGGCGCCGCCUCCUCGUCCACCAAGUCCACGGCCGGCGGCAGCAGCGGCUCGCAGGUUGAUGGCACCACCCCCGAGACCAUUCAGCAGCGGCUGCGCUCCGGAGCCGACCGGCUCAAGACGCGGCUGUCGGGCAUCAGCCGGCCCAAGAUGCCGGCCGUGCGCAGGCCCAAGUUCACCAUGCCGGACAAGGCCAAGUUCCACCUGCCGGACCGGCCGAAGUUCAAAAUGCCAGAGCGGCCGAAGUUUAAGAUGCCCGAGCGCCCUAAGAUCCACCUGCCCAGCCUCCCCAGCCUGGGGCGGGGAAGCAGCGCAGCCUCGGCUGCCGCGGCCGCGGAACAGGCAGCUCCGGAGGACCCCGCGGCGUCGGCGUCGGCGGGGCAGCAGACGCCGACCCCCAAGAAGCAGACCGCGAGCAGCAAGCGGCCGCUCAAGGGCAGGCAGUACAGCACCGAGUCCACGGCGGGCUCCUCGGAGAAGCGCCGCCCGCUCUUCGACCUCAAUACGUUCCGGACGUACCCGCGCAUGUUCCGGCGGAACCGGGCGGAUCGCGCCAGCGGCGGCGACUCGUCGUCCUCGCCCCGGUCGGCGCGCUCCACGCGGCGGCCCAUGACGCCGCCCGCGCGCUCCAGCUUCAGCAGCGACACCGCCAAGUGGAUGCGGCGCUUCUCCGACGCCAAGUUCGGCGCGGGCGACCCCGUGGUGGCCGCCAUCAACUACGCCGACCACCACCACACGCCGCCCCCCCUCAACUCUCAGGAGAGCGUGGACCAGCAGCAGCAGCAGCAGCAGCAGCAGCAGCAACAACAACAGCAGCAGGAGGAGCGACAGCAACAGCGGCGGCAGCAGCCUGCGCACCUCGCGCCCACCGGCAACGGCGAGCAGAUGGUCUACCACAUCUCUCUGCACGGCUCGGACUCGGAGCCCGACUACAGCGACGACCAGUUCCAGGGGCCUCCCUAUCCGGAAGUCCUCCCCAUCGACGGCGACCUCGAGAUCGUGGACCACGCGGCGCGCAAGGCGCUCGCCGAGGCCAAGGCCGCCGCCGAGAGGGAGGUGGCCUUCCAGGCCCAGCUCAAGGCGGAGCGCGAGGCGGAGGAGUCGGCCGCUCAGAUGGCCGAGUACCGCCGCCAGGCGCAGCGGCAGCAGCAGCAGGGCCGCAGCCCGCGCCCCACGCGCUACGCGGACAUGGAGGCGGACGAGUACAGCCAGGACCAGGACCUCAGCCAGGAGCAGGACGCCGGCGACUCGGACCGCGAGAACCGCUCGUCGGGGACGUCGUCGGAGCGCCACCGCCGGGGCGUCAUUGAGGAGAUCGACUCGGACGAGUUCUUCCUGAGGCAGAAGGGCAUCAGCCAGGAGGACGUGGACGUCGGCCGCUACAUCAACUCCGAGAUCCGCGAGGCGCUGCGGCCCUCCGCCGACUACAUGGACGACGAGGACGACGUCGCCCCCAGCCCGCCGCCGCCACGAACAAAGCGCGGCGCCGGCGAGUCCAAGUCUCUGGCGCGCGGCCGAAAGAAGAAGCAGGGCAAGAUAUACGUCCCGGCGCGCGUACCCCAGGCGACACCGCCCCGGGACGAGGCCGAGGAGGACUGGGACGAGGACGAGCAGCAGGAGCGGACCGACGACAGCUACUUCAACACGUUCCCGCCAGACCGACCGGCCAGGCGGCGGCGAGGCAAGAAGCAGCCUGCCGCCACCCCGCUGCCCCCCGAGGACAGCCAGUUCGACGACGAGGACCGGCAGAUCCAGGACGACAUCGAGUUCAGCGUGGCCAUCCAACGCGAGGACCUCGGCAUCCUAGCGCUCACGCCGGCCGCCGACGAGGACGCGUCGCGCCAGCUGCCGCCGCUGCCACCGAAGCGGCUGCGCAAGUCCAGGUCGUCCAACCUCAACGUCAACGACGACGUGCCCAUGAUAGAUGACGAAGAAGAGUGGCGGCCGGUGACGCACGACGAGAUGAUCGCUCUGCAGCAAGAGGCAGACUACAUCAUCCCGCGCGCGGCGCCCGAGCACCACUUCCCGCCGACGCCGCAGACGCCGCCGGUGCCCCCGACGCGCGGCCGCAAGUCCCGCGGCGGCUCCCGCGCAGGCUCGCGCGCCGGCUCGCGCGGCACGUCGCUGGCCGACGAGGACCGCACCUCGCGGGGCGCCGAGUCGCUGCCGUCGGAGCGCGGCGACGACGACUCGAUGCUGCCCGACGACGGCGUGCACACGCACAACGAGGACGACAUGCUGGCGCGCCUCAACGACGACUACGCCUUCGUCGACAAGUCGUCGCUGCCGCGCGGGGUGGCGCCGCCCAAGCCGGAGCGGCCGCGACGGCCCAAACCACCCCGGCCGCCGGCGCCGGGACGCCGCGCCAAGCGCGCCCCUCUCCAGGCCACCGCGAGCCGCCUGCAGAACUGGCGCCAGUUCUUCUCGCUGCCGACGCGGCGCAGCGGCAAGCAGGCCGCCAAGCAGCAGGCCAAGGAGGCCCCCGUGCGGCCCGUGAGGAACUACAGCACGCUGGGCCCCGCGCGGCCGCCCCGCCGCGGCAGCCAGGGCAGCAGGCACGCGUACACGGCCAACUACCUCGAGAUACAGAACGACGACCAGCUCAAGAGCGAGAUGGACCUGGAGACGGAGAGCAGCAGGGCCGACCUGCAGUCCGGCGACGUCAUCUCCAAGAUGAAGGACCGGCCGCUGCCCGCGCCGCCGCGGCCCUCGCGCGCGCGCAAGCACCAGGACAAAGGUGACUUUGGCGAGGAGGAGCUGUGCCAGGAGAGGAUAGUCCCGGAGCACGACCGGUACCCGGACCCGGAGGCGGAGGCGUCGGAGGACUUCACGUACGCUGAGAGGAAGGCGGCCAUGUCGCAGCUCCGGGACGACUUCUUCUCCAGGUCCGGAGAGGAGCCUCCCGGGCAGGAGUCGAUACCAAUCAUCGUGACCACCGAGCCGCCCCCGGAGGGUGGCCAGGACGGCUCCGGGCAGGCAGAGCCCCUGCCCGACAGCCCGUACAAGAGCCUCCGGAAGAAGAAGAAGAUUCCCCCUCUGCCACAACCGGAACCCGAGCCAGAACCAGAGGAGAUGGAACAGCCGCGACCGGAAGAGGUGUCGAUCGCGAUCCAGACAGACCCCCUGCCCGACGACCUGUGCGUCGAGGAUGCCAUGACCGUCGCCGACGAGGCCACGACCAGCGCCAGCAAAACGUGGCCGACGGUGGUAGAACAGCACCAGCCGCAGAUCGAGGAGGAGCGGCUGCAGCAGGACGCGCCGCCACCGCCGCCGCCCGCGAGGCGUCCGCGUCGCGACUCCCAAGAGCCCUCGGCCGUGCCCGCGGCACCGCCCGCAUCAGUGCGGCUGGAAAUGCCAGAGUCCGUGCAGACACAACGCCUGCAGGUGUCCGAGCUGGACGUGGACCGCCUAAGCGUGUCCGAGCUCCGCGCAAACAAGAUCACCGUCUCGGAGAUCGACGGCAUGUCCUUGAGCGUCUCCGAGCUGCACAACAGAUCGUCCGGAGGGCUGCAGCUGACCCCCGGCGAGCCCGGGAGCGUGGAGCUGCCCUCGGACCUGCUGCAGCAGCUGGUGCCGCUGUCGCAGUCCAUGUCGCACGCGCUGUCGCAGUCUCUGUCCGAGUCGCUCGCGCAGAGUCUGUCCAGCGCGCUCUCCCAGAUCCAGGAGGCGCUCUCCCAGCCCGCCGAGCUGGUGCAGCAACAACAGGUGCUGCAGCAGCAGCUCCAGCGCCUCCAGGAGCUCCAGAGCCAGCAGCAGCAACAACAGAACGAGCAGAUCCAGCAGCAACAACAGUUCCAACAACAACAGCAACAGCUGGCGCAGGAGACGCUGCUGCACGUGGAGCAGCAGCACGCCGCGGUGCUCCACGAGCUCCAGUUGCAGCUGCAGCAGCUGCAGCUGAGCGCGGCCGCGGCUCCGCAGGCCGGCUCGGACGUGCCACCGCCCAUCCCGCCACCCCCGCGCGUCGACGUCCAGACCAUCCAGACCCAGACGUCCCUCGAGCAGCCCGGCGGCGUGUCGCCGUCACCCUCGGCGCCCGUGGCUCCCCCCCGCGGGGGCGUGCGGCCCCGCACCACCGCCAGCGCGGCCCUCGGCGACUCCGAGGAGGACGAGGAGGCGUCCCUGGCGCACUCCACGCACUCCCUGCCACGCCGCCGCCGGCCCCACCACGUCGCGCACAAGGCGCCACGGUACUCGUCCGACGACGAGGAGGCCCUCCAGCACCAGCACGCCGUCGCCCUGGCACCCCGGCGCCACCGCGCGCCCCUCCAGACGGCGCUUGCGCCACAGGCCGUGGACGGCGCGGCGGCCCCGACCCUGGGCGAGGCCGGCAGACAGCUGGCGCGCGCGUGCAGGGUGAGCGCGAUCAACGCGCUGGCCGCGCUGCACCAGGCCAUCCAGCCCGCCAUGGACUCCGUCGGGCAGGCGGUCGGCGCCGACCCCAAGCGGCGAGACUUCCAGGCCGCACUCUGCCUCGUGCUCGUGCUCGUCACCGCCCUCAUCCUGCUGGGCUGCGGCUGCACGGGCAGCACGGAGGUCCACCACCACCACUGGGACUUCCAGUUCCCACCAAAGCUCUAGUCAGCAGGGUUGAGAGCGGAGCUUUUCGCAGCUGUGAUUGAUUGUUGCGGGUUCGACUCCCGUCCAGGGCAAGGUUUGCAUUGGAUUUCAAAGCAGGCCCUACCUUUUAUCUGGUGCUCAAAUCUUGAGAAAGCAGACCAUUUUUUUUCUCCUGUUAUGAGAUUUGUACAGCUACCAGUUUGUUUACGCAUAAUGAUUAAGUUGAAGUGCCUCAAGGCAAGACAGGCUAAUGGUAGGUCAAAACAUGCUGGUACUUCUCAGUAUUUACAUCAUGAAUCUCUCUUGAUGGUGGCAAUGAUCCUCCGCUCACUGGGAAUAUAAAAUACCCUGUGCUGCCCAUUGUGGAUAUUCAAUGUCCUUCAAGUAUCCAAUCAGCAUUGAGGACUUUUAACAGCUGUGAGGGAUUUUAAGUCAAUCUUUUUCCAUUUUGCUAUCUUUUCAUCCUCCUGAAGGUAUUUUUCUGUGUGCAACGAUGGCGUGUUUGAACCAUUUCCAAUUUAUUCCAAGAAUGUCCAUGUUCCCAUGUCCUAUAAAAAUGUCGCCUUACGUUGAGGGGACUGCAACAAAGUCACUGUUGUCUUCGAUUAGUAAUAGGUAUCUUGUAAGUAUGGCGGAAGGUCCGGUGUGCAAAAGCACACUUUUCAGCCAAUACAAAGAUCAUGGUGAUCACAAGUUUGUUUUAUGUGCCUAAUUUUCUCUCUGGAGAAUUCAAUAUUCUGUUUUUGUCAGUCUCUUCUUUUUGUAGCCCAGCAGAUUUUUACUGCAGUGAACAAUUAAAGUAUCAGAAACUGAUAUUUUGUAUGAUCUGAAUACAACAAACCAAUAAAUUGUUUUCUUCUCCAA